AUGUUAAAAUAUAUUUAAGAUCAAGAUUUUGGAACCUUUGAAACAUUACCAGUGCAAAGAUAGAAAAAAGUGUUUUGUAUGAAUAUGCCAAUGUAAUAGCUAAUUAAGAGUCGAUCUGUUUCUUAAAUUUUACAUGAUGAACUCAUUACGUUAUAAAAAUCAUCAGCAAGAAAAAAAUAAAAAGAAGAAUCAUAUUAAGAAAGAAUUUCAUCACCAAUAAAACCCAUUGAGAUGUCUUAAUCUAUUCAAGCACUUCCUAAAAUUAAUUUACAAAAAACUUAAACAGAAUAAUUGAAUAAAACAAAAAAGAGGAUUAAAGUAUUUCAUAACAUCUCAAAAAGACAAUGUGAUUUAGAUUAAUGGAAUUAAGCAUUCUACUAAAAUAGAUCUAUUAAUGGAUAAUCCCCAAGAAUUUAAGAGAUUAAAAGAGCACUCUAAGAUUAAUUGAAUGAUGGCAGAUCUUUAAAUCUUAAUUCAAGUACUCUGUUGAAAUUGAGUAGAACUGAAAGUCCGAAAAGAAGACCUAAUCUUCAAACUGAAAAAACAUUGAGAAAUCUAUUAUGUGAAUAUGUUUUAGAUGAUAAAAUAGCCUUUAAUGAUUUAAUCCUAGAUAACAAUCGCUAAGUCCAAGAUCCAAAAUACAUGAUUGAAUAAGUAGUUAUGAACUACGAGAUUCUUAAACAAAUAUUUCGUAUAGAAAAAACCAUCACAAAAAUUAUUUUAAAGACCCAGGGUUUAAGCAAAAAAAUCAUACACACCUUCUUUAAGGAAAUUAAACCUAAUUGUCCUAAUGACAUUUCGUAAUUUGAAUAUCAUUUUAAACUAAGAAGAAACAUCUCUAAAUCAUUAAUUAUCUCUAAGUUUAUUCUAGGAGUCGAUCCUGAAUUAGAUUCAACUAUAGACAAGUUAUUGAACCGAGAAGCCUUAUCGCCUGAUUUACAAUCCAUAGUAUUAUCACCUGAAGAACUAUUAUAAAAAGCACUAGAGACUUUGAAAUUCGAUUAUGACUACUUGAACAAAUUGAAUUAUUUCAAUAUCAACUUGUAAGACUAAAUUAAAUAGAAGUAAGUUAAGGCAAUCUAAAAUAAAUUGCUAUUAAAUGGAAGUAUUAUUGAGUAGAGUAAUCUAUCAUUGGAUUUCGAAUAGCCAUCAAGUUUGCUCGCUAAGAUUAAUGAUUGUGAAAGAAAGUUAGGCAAAUUUCAAAAAAUAAGUAAUUAGUCAAGAUUUAAGUGCUUGGAAGCUGAGGCAUAUUUAUAUUAUAGGUGA